AUGGUUUCACACGAAAAUUUAAAUUUGAUCCAUGAUGAAGAGUAUCGACAUUUCUGCCGAAAAUCAUCUUUUCAAAGAGGAGAUCUUUAUGAAAGUGUGCAAAUUAACAAAGCAGAACGAAAUGAAUUUAUUCUGAUACAGGCAGCAAAAGUAAAGACGAAUUGCAACUUUCAACUUACCGCUGUCUCAAAUUCAAACGAACAAAUUGUUGUCCACAACAUUUUCCCCACUGAUCAUCUCAAUCAAAACGUCAUCCUUUUGGUAGCAUGUAGUAAAUUACUGCGUCAAGCAAAUUAUUUCCGCGUUUGGUACCAUGGUGGCGGAAUUUUACGGAAGAAACCGCUCGACGAAUCAGAAGGCUUAAAAUAUGUACAAAUCGAACCGGAACCUAAAUGUGCAAUAGGAAAGAAAAAAGAAACGAAACAAAGUGCAGCAUUUGUGCAUCUCACAAUGUUACGAGUGCGAUUACCUGUUACCAAUAACACCGAACAGAUAUGGAAAAACAUCGGUGAAGCCACUGAUAUGCAACAACCAAAAUUCCGUUCAUACGGUAAUGAUCAUCAUCACGGAACGGUUUUGAUCAUGGAAGCAGAUUUGAAGGAGCUUUUGGGUACUUCAUCCUCUAUUGGGAAUCAUUCAUUUAGACGAAAUGUACCCACGGGAACGUUACGUAACGAGGAUUUCCGUCAACUUCUGACAAAGAAACUGGUUCAGACAUCUGGAAGUGCAAACGGAGGACCGCAAACACAGCCUACUCAUUCAUUCAGUCAUCGACAAGCUGCUGAUUCGAAAAGAGGCCAUAGUAGUGGUGUCAAGACAAAGAAACAAAAAGAGCGAAGUAGUAUGGAUGGUGAAGACGACAUAUUUGGACCAUCAAAUUUGAAUGAAAUUUUAAAAAAUUAUCGUGAUCGAGCAGAAGAAAGACGAAAAGGAAUUGGAAAAGAUGAUAAUAUUGAUGAUUUACACGCAAAUAAUGCUUACCGAGCAGUACCUAGUGAUGUACGUGCAACAGCUGAUGCUGCACAACGUAGGAAACAGGCAAUCCAGGAAAGUAAAUAUCUUGGUGGUGAUAUGGAACACACUCAUUUAGUGAAAGGUUUGGACUACUCAUUGCUGCAUAAAAAAGACAGUCAGAAAGGUGAACCACAGUCAGAUAAUCGGAUGGUUCGAAAUAUUCAUCGGACGGUGUUUCAGAAUGAACUUCCUGCAUGCAAUGAAUUGUUUAGGAAGGGUCGAAUGGCUUAUGUGGUAGAUUUGGAGGAGGAAGAUAAUGAUUUGCCUACUACACUGUUACGUUCCGUUCAUGAUUGUCCAGCAACGGAAAGUACUCAUGAUAUCAACACCAGUAAUAUGCUUAUUCAGAAACUUACACAAGUUCUGUCAUAUUUGCGCACCGAUACGCAGAAAAAAAGAAAAAAAGUCGAAGGUACAAAUGACGAACAUGCCAAGAUAGCAUCACAACCGAUAUUUGAUGAUCAGCGUGAUUUUACUACUCCCAGGAAUGAUCGUGAUCGAGAACGGCGAGAUCGGGAUCGAAAACGUCUGAAACCUUCUUCAUAUUUUGACGAUCGUGAAGCAGAUCGUGAUAGAGAUAGGAAUCGUGACCGCGAGAGAAAUCGUGAAUACGAAAGAGCAAGAGACCGGGAUCGAGAUCGAGAACGUCGUGCGCGAGACGACGAAAGACGUGGCGAACGUCGGGAAAUAGUAAAAUUGGUUGAGAAUGAUGCACCACCAGAAAAGAAGAAAAAAGUACCCAUGGAAACAGAAGGUUAUGCGGAAUGCUAUCCAGGUGGUAUGUAUGAAGCUGCCGGAGAAAGCGAUGACGAGGCUGAUUAUUCAAAAAUGGAUAUGGGAAAUAGACGAGGUCCAGUGAAACGUUGGGAUUUUGACGACCACGAAGAUUAUGAAAAGUAUAUGGAGUCGAAAGAAGCUAUGCCGAAAGCGGCAUAUCAGUUCGGAGUGAAAACAAAUGAUGGACGGAAAACAAGAAAGAGUGCUCCAGAUCGAGAAAAGCAUAAAUUGGAUCGUGAAUUCUCCGAAAUAACUAAAAUACUUGAAAAGCGAAAAAUAGACAGCCAUAGAUCGUAA